AUGAGUCCUGGGGAAAUAACAAAAAUAAACAAUUUACUUAAAGUGUGGGGAAAAUUGCAUCCAACUAUCAGUGUCGAAAAUGAUGGAGAUCAAUCAACUUUGAGCAUACUGAAAGCUGGUUUAGAAGAUGGCGAUGAAAUAAUGUGCAGUGUAUCUAAUGCUGCAACACAAGUGCAUCACGAUGUACUCAAACGUAAUUUAUCGACAGCAGUUACUGUAGAUAUUCAUACUCCUCCAGGUCCUCCAAAAAUCAUCACUCCUGAAACAAAUCACGUCUUCAUAGAAGGUGAAGAAUUACGUGCAAUUUGUAUUACUUCACCGCCUGGAAAACCAUUAGGUGGACUAUUUUGGAGAUGGUUAGUUCAACCUAGUCAAGUUGAUGAUGAUGAGAUUCAAAGGAUUAGUGGUAUUGGAGGGAAAGGUGGUGCUAGACUAAGUGAUUACACUUCAGUUGAUGCUUAUUUACGCAGUUUAGAUGCUGGUGGAUUACCACGAAAUCCAUUAACUCCAGAGCAGGCAAGUCAGUUAAGACCGGGAGAUUUGAUUUCUGAAGAUGUUCAACCAUUACAUUAUUCACUGACUAAAGAAAAAGAUCAGCUUGUGAAUACAUUAACUAUUCAACGAAUCAGUCGAAGAUAUCAUGCUGCUAAACUUGUUUGUGAAACAGGACAUCCAGUGGGUACUGCUCAUCAGACAAGUGUUACUGUAUAUGUAAAACGUGAAUGCCCCGCUAAUGUUACAAUUUCCGUUGACUCUGGAGGUCUUCAUGAAGAUGAUUCCAGUGGACGUCAAGAAAUGGUGGUAUACGCACGUGCAGGUGAAACAAAGACGUUUACGUGUAAAACAGCUCCAUAUUAUGGUCAGGCAACAAUAAAAUGGUUAUUUCAAGCAUCUGGUAAUAGUAUUACUACACCACCUAAACAGAUUAUGGAUAAAGCUGUUACAUUUAAAACACCAGAUGGUGAAAGUACAUAUCAAGAAUCACAAAUUCAAAUUAAUGUUCGUGCAGAAGAUGACAGAAGUUAUAUAGACUGUUUAGUAUGGAGUGUUGGAGAUGCACGUAUUGAUGCUAGAGUCCGUCUAGAUAUUAUCUAUCCUCCUGAUGUGCCUAAAAUUACCGGUUAUAAAAGUGAACAGCCAAUUAAUAUGGCUCAUCUUCUGGAGUUAACGUGUACUACUAAGAGUGGGAAUCCACGACCUGAACUACAAUGGUUUAAAGAUAAGAAGCCAAUUCCGACCAGUGGAGAAGUGAUUACUAUUGGAAAACAAACUAGUAUCAAAUUGAAAGUUGUCCCACAAAAAGAAGAUAACGGGGCUCAAUAUCAAUGCUUAGCUAGAAAUACAGCUACAAAUGAUGAAUGGAUAAGUAGUGAGCCAGUUGUUCUGAAUGUUUUAUUUCCACCACAACGUGUAAGCCUGAGUUUUGGGAGUAAAUCAGUAGUUCAUAGUGGUGAACAGUUGGUUAUUAAUUGUCAGGCGGAUAGUUCUAAUCCAGUUGCAGUUAUUACCUGGCGUCAUUAUCAAUGUGGACCAGCACAUGCAUUUUAUCGUCGUCAUUUAUUGCAACAGCAACAACAACAGCAACAUCAACAAAAGUUAACAAAUGCUAUCAGUACCAGUGAUGGUGAAAAGUGUAAAUUAUUAGAAUUGAAAGGUUCAGACGAAUCCCCAGUCCCUGGAGCAUCAGGUGGUCUACAAGCAAGAAGUCAUUUAUGGUUACGCCCAACAUGGAGAUAUCAUAUGGAUUUCAUUGAAUGUCAGGCUGAAAAUCCUGUUUACGGUCCACCGAUUUGGCAUGAUCGCCUUCAGCUAAAUGUAACUUUUGCCCCGCAAUUUUAUGGCCUACAAAUUGGUGACCAAAGGGUAAUACGAGAAGGUGAAACAACACGUCUGGAUUUUGGACUGUAUGCAAAUCCACCUGUCACAUCUGUUUCAUGGUUUCGUCAUGAAGAACGGCUUCCCUUUGAACCAAAAGAGACGGGAUCAUUACAAGGUGUUUAUGCGGCUGGAUCUGUUGGAGAAUUGCUUUCAUUGUACAAGAUUAACAGAAACAAUAUGGGGAAUUAUACAGUCCUAGCUUCAAAUGGUCAACAUGAAUCAAAAAACACAUUUUUUCUUAAUGUCACCUAUCCAGCAAGUAUUCUUGGAAAACUUGAGGAGAAUAUUACACAAAUAAACAAGGAAUUUUCUACGCUUGAAUGUAAAGCAAAUGCAAAUCCAGCUAUCGCUAGCAAAGCAUUUACAUGGUAUCGUUAUUUUCCACCAAAAGGUUGGCCUGAAGAAGUCGAUGAAGGAGCCUUACAAUUAAGUGAACCAAUAUACUGUAAUGAAUCUCAGGUAGAGAAGCCUAAGAUGUCUGCUCAUUGUGAUCAACAGAAUAAAUUUCACAUCUCCAGUACAUUUGUUAUCUAUAAAGUAACUGAAGAAGAUGUUGGUAAAUAUGUCUGCGAAGUAAACAAUGGAAUCGGUGAACCAGUGAAGAAAAUUUUCAAUCUCCUCUAUCACUUUCCUCCAAAAAUGAUUCAAUUACCAAGAGAGUCGGAUGUGACAAAAAGUGUAAAAAAAUAUGAAAGUUUCUUAACUCAUAUACGUCCUGGAUUAUAUAAAGCUCAAUUAGCUCUUAAUGACAUUCGAAAAAGCGAUUUUGGCUCCUAUGUUUGUCAGGCUGCUAAUAUGCAAGGUGAAGCUCAGCUGGGAAUUCAUUUGUCUGGUACAUCAACCCCCGACGUACCUUUAAAUCUUCGCCUGCUAAAUGCAACAUCUACAACUUUACAAGUUGCUUGGACUCAAGGGUUUGAUGGUGGUUCAGCCCAAACAUUUCAGAUUCGUUGGCGCGAAAUUGGCUCAGUUAGUUUGUAUAAAUAUGCUGAUGUUGCAUCGAAUGAUAAUAGAAAUGGAGUUGAAUACAUCAUUACGGGCUUAAAACCUGGAACUGAAUAUACAGUAAGUGUGAACUCUAAUAAUGCUAAGCACGGAGCUAGUGCCUACACAGAACCUGUUAAUCUAAGAACAUUGUCAUUGGAUGCCUACGGUGGUCGUGGUCCUAUUCCACCUUUAUCCAGUGCUGGAUACUCAGAUGACAAUGCACUAUUGAUUAUUGUAGCUGCUUGUAUUUUUGGUUUUGUAAUUCUUCUCGUCAACGCUGUGGUUAUUAUCUUUUUGAUCAAACGACGUCGUCACCGAAAUAUGUUGCGACAGUGUAAACCAGAUCAGGGAAUUACAUUGGCGAAUGGAGUUGCACUUACUCGUCAUGAUCAGUCGACGACAGACAUGAAACAGCAUUUGCAGUCAUCUUUCAUAGAUCAAAAUGAUAAUUUUGCAGAUUCGGAUAUGAGUACAACGUGUGUUUGCUGCCCUCCUAAGAAACAGAAUCUCAUAAGCUCUGGUUACGUGAAAGCAGAUUCAUAUGGUAACUUUUCUCGCACAAAUGGGUAUACAUCUCAUGAUGUAUGUCCAAAUCAAUAUUCACAACACAUAGCACAAGAAGUGGAUCAACAAGGACAGUUGGUGAACCAUAGUAUGACAAGUAGCAUUCCAGAUUUCAAUCAUUUAACUUCUAACCAAAUGACAUCAGUUUAUCCAGUUCGUCAAAUCACUUCACCAGGUCCAUAUUACAAUAAUACAACAUUAAACUAUCCAAUAACUCGUCAUAGUUCAACUGAUCUUGGAAUGGGUUAUUCAUCAACAAAUCAUGUCAAUCAGAUAAGAUGUGAACAUGGUAGCAUAAAACACUCGAACCGUCAUGGUCAGCAUACUCCAAGACAAGCGAAUCAGUAUCGUUACUUUGGAACUCUUCAAAACCCUAACACAUAUAAUAAAAUAAGGAAUAAUAAGUCUGUAGCUGAUAACAGUAAUAUAAAUGGACGUACAUCACAAUACACUUUAGCCACUUCAGCAACCUCUUGUGGUAAUCCAAUAACAGUAGGUCAUAAUGGAUUAGGCUUAACUCUAGUGAAUGAUUCAUUCCAGCUGCCUACAGGCACAUCUGCUUCUCAAAAUGUCGUUUCAAAUCAAACAGCGCUGUUAGCUGAUAGUUCUACAGAAAUUCUAUCUACAGGAUUAGCUGCGUUUACACAAAUUAAACGAAAGUCAGAAUUUAAUGAUUUAAAUGGAGGAAGUAAUGUAAACAAUGGCUUUAUCAGCCAAAAUAAUCUACCUGGUAAUAGUUCACCAAUAGUUUCUAUAAAAGUAACUUCAUUAGCAGAUCAAUUUAAUCCUAAUUCAAUAGAUUUAGGAUCAAAUUUGGCAACAUUUUCAUACAAUACACCAUUUGAUUGUAAUAUGGACACAUCAUGUACACCUAUAUUCUUAUCCCUAGAUCCGAGUGCAUCUAAUUCCUUGUUAAUGUCAAAUUCAUUGAUGAACUGUCCUAUAGAUAACACUAAAGUCCUGGAAGUCAAUAGAGAAGUAUCUGUUACACCUUUGAUGAUUCAUUCACCAACUCCAGAUCAUGUUCUAGUUUCAAAUUAUGUCCCGACAAGACCUAACCUUGGAGGUACACGUUAUUUUUAUUCAUCUCGAGAAGCUAUUCAUUCGAAUAUAUCUCGACAGAAUAUACCUCACUAUGAAAGUCGUUUGAGUAUGCACAAUCUUCCUCAUGCAAUUUCUAGUGAAUUAUACAAUCGUCAAAAUCAGUGUAGCUGUGAACAACAACUUCAUGCCCAACAACAACACAUUCCAUCACAUAAACGAAUACCCUACUCUUGUAGUAAUUGUCUAAAGUCAAGAUCAAGUUUACAUAAUAUUAAACAGCCACUUUACGCAUCAAAUGCUCAAAAUUCUGUCAUAGAUACUUUUUCCGAAGAGGACAAGGAUUCAGAUCGUAGUCGCUAUGCAGAACAAUUGAGGCGCAUUCAGUACAGUGGAGGGCCAACUGCUCAGCUUCUUUUAGGCAAUGUAAAUAUACCAAAUUGUCAUUCAAGUCCUGAUUCAGCAUUAUCACCUGAUAAUGAAGCAAACGGUUUAACUGAACUUGACCCGUGUCUAGCAAAAUCAAAUCAAAGCAAUGAUCGAAGUGGGAAUAAUCACUGCAUCUCUAAUACUGGUCGAUUUACUCCAUCUGAGCAUACAUUAAAGAAAAAGAAAUUGACCACAUCAAAACUCAUGUAUCAAAAUCGACAACAAAAUAAUCAUGCAAGCGAAUAUCAGCCAACUUCUUCGAUUGAUUCCUCUGUAAUUCCAAAAGUAGACGACAAUGAGAUGAACUCAGUGCAUUUGUCUGACUGUUUUGUUUAA